CAGCUGAAGGUUCUAAAAUACAAGACAAGAAAGUCACUUCAGGACAAAGCAACACUGGAACUAAGCCAGAUCAUCCAACAGUACUAAAGGUUGAUGACAGGCAACGGCUUGCUAGAGAACGGAGAGAAGAACGAGAGAAACAGCUAGCUGCAAGAGAAUCUAUCUGGUUAGAACGGGAAGAAAGAGCCCGGCAACAUUAUGAAAAACACCUAGAGGAGCGCAGAAAGAAGCUAGAAGAGCAAAGAUUAAAGGAAGAGAAAAGGCGAGCUGCCGUAGAGGAAAAGCGAAGGCAAAGAAUUGAAGAAGAUAAGGAACGACAUGAAGCUGUUGUACGUCGCACAAUUGAAAGAAGCCAGAAGCCAAAACAAAAGCAAAACAGGUGGUCCUGGGGAGGAGCACUGCAUAACCGCAUUAAUAACACAGAUCCAGACAGGCGAUCUGUUUCAACAAUGAACCUUUCGAAACAUGUUGAUCCAGUCAUUAACAAGCGGCUCUCCUCCUCAUCUGCAACAUUACUAAAUUCUCCAGACAGAGCUCGCCGUCUACAGCUCAGUCCAUGGGAGAGCAGCAUCGUUAGCAGGCUCCUGACGCCCACGCACUCAUUCCUGGCCCGAAGUAAAAGCACAGCUGCAUUGUCUGGAGAUGCAGCAUCUUGCAGCCCCAUCAGCCCUCUGUCCUACAAGGCCAUGAACUGUAGGCAUCCAGGAGACCAAGCAAAACUAUAUGCCUCUACUGAUGCUGUUGGACGUAGGAAAACAACGCAUCUUGCAGGGACUGAUAAAAAAGAAAAGGAGAGAGACCAUUUGUCAUCCAGCUUCUCAACCAGCUUUAAAGGAGGUCAUUUUUCUUCCAACCCCAAAGCUAGAUCACCAGCUCCCUCUCCAGUUUGGCAUGCGUCAAAGUCUUUGCCUUUUUUGCCUGGCACACCCAGGCAGGUAACUUCCCCACCUGGUUCCUCCUCCAAAGUUUCCUCUGCUCAGGCACGUCCUCCUUCUCCUGGCAACAUACGACCAGUCAAAAAAGAGAUCAAACCAGAGAGUGAGAAGAAAAAAACAGAAAAGGAGGCUGAAAAGGCCAGUGAGGAUAAGACUGAAGAGAGUAAAGAAAUUUCACCAGGUGCUGGAGAAUCUGCGAGUCAGGAAGAGCUUGCUGACCAGGCAGAGCCUGCUCAAGCAGCCAGCCCAUCCCUACCUCCUGCUCCACCAGUCCUUUCUCCACCCCUGGCUGCCACAAAGACCUCUGCAGGUACAACUGACCCUGAAGAAGCUACAAGGCUGCUGACUGAGAAGAGGCGCCUUGCCCGUGAGCAGCGGGAACGGGAGGAGCAAGAAAGGAGAGAGAGAGAAGAGCUUGAAAGGCAAAAGAAGGAGGAGCUGUCACAGAGGAUAGCUGAAGAAAGAGCUCGCCGAGAAGAGGAAGAAGCUCGCAGGCAGGAGGCAGAAAAAAAACGGAAAGAUGAAGAGGAGGAACGGGAAAAGGAAGAACGGCUGCGCCGACAAGCAGAGGAGAGAGAACUGAAGGAGAAAGAAGAGAUGGAGCGCAUUCAGAAACAGAAAGAAGAGGAAGCUCGCCUUCGGGAAGAGGCAGAGCGGAUUCGAUUAGAACGUGAAAAGCAUUUCCAAAGAGAAGAGCAGGAGCGCUUGGAAAGGAGGAAGAGGCUUGAGGAGAUCAUGAAGAGAACUAGGCGUGUAGAACCUGUAGAUAAGAAACCCAAUGACCAGCAGAAUGGACAUAUAUCCAAGACAAAUAUUACUGAAGAAGCAGUCAUAACCAGUCCCACAUCUCCCUUGGAACCUGAAGGAGAACCUCAGCUUCCAUAUGCAACACAAUCUUCGCACAAUGGGACACCCGUCACCUGCACGCAUGUGAUUGUUUCACAUCAACCCACCAUAAGUAUGGACAGCAAUCUCAAUCCGGAGAAAAAUGGAAACGAAAACGGGAUGUCUGUGCAGAGCGAUAACUUCGAAGAGAUCAUAAACCUGCCUAUUGGUUCUAAACCAUCCCGGCUGGAUGCCAUGAAAAAUGAUGGAAGCAAUAGUCCCGAAAUUCCUUUGAAUCCAAUUCUAGCCUUUGAAGAGAAGGGGACUCUCUUGCCUCAGGUAGAUAGUGUUCAAACACAUCAAACAGCAGAAGUGAUCUGAUCGUUUCUUCUGGAGAACCAAAGGUGACAUGAGCAUCUCUGCAGUCAGUGGCGUUUCUUCCAUGCUAUGAAGGAGUUUUAUUUUUUCUCUCCAGUUUUUUAAAGAUUUCUUGAAUAUCUUCUCAUUUUUUUGGAAGGACUUUAGUAAAACCAGCAUAAGAAAUGAUGGGAAUAGACUUGGGUCACCUUUCUAAUAGCUUUCAUCACUAGAAAAAUCAUGCUUCACAUGCUUACUUAAUAUGGCUUCUUCCAACAAGCUUUUUCUGUUAGUAAAUGGAUAUUGCUGCAUUCCUUAAGACAUGGGACACUGGAAUCGUGAAAGCAAUGGGCUGAUUUUGGGUGGUGGGACUGAUUCUUUUUUUAAAAAGGUGGGUGUUGGUUUAAAAGGCAUAAUUGUAAAAUUGGCAAAGAAUCUUUUACACUUUGUGGUUCUAAUACUUGAAAAAUAAUUACCUCAUUGCUCUACGAGUAGGGUUAAUGGGGUCUUUUAUUUAAACCUGUUGGUUUAAAUGUUAUUGCAGAGAACUCUAAUUAUGGGGGCAAAGUAUAGGCUUCUGUAUCAGGUUCUUGUAAAUGUAACUCCUACAGGGACAUUCUGUAAAUUGAGAUGUCACUAUGAUCUUCUCGCAUUUUCUCUAAAAAUACAAAACAAGGCAGGUUUUAAAAUGUGAAAAUUUGAAAGCAUUAUUUUUUCAUGGACAAGAGGAAAACCUAUUGUUCUCCUAGAUGAUGUAUUUAUGAAUUUUGUUCAGUACAGAAAUAAAUUGUUUAAUUGAACAAAUUAGAAAAAUGUGGUAAAAUGAUACUGCAAACUUGAUUUCUUUAGUUACAUCCAUGUUCACAAUACUAGAAAAGCUGUGUACAUGUACAUGUGCACACACACACAUACACACAAGGAAAUACCUUGUUCUGAGUCCUGUAAAUUGCUGCUGUUCCCAGUGAUGGAAGACUUUGCCUUAUCAGACUAUUGAAGACUGUGUGAAACCUGAAAUAUUUGAUUUUUGGAUGAUGAAGCAGGUUUGGGUAUUUUUUUUUGGUUUUGCUCGUUUCAGAGCAAAUGGAAAAUGGUCAUUGUGCUUUUUAUAUAGCGUGUGAUUUUUAUAAAGCAGUGUGGUUUGAGUGGCAAGAGGAGCAAUGCAGGUUGCUUCCUCUUUAGUUUGAUGCUGAUUUCUACUGUCAUUGUUCCAUCCCUCACUUUUGGUUGCUCUCAGGCAUAACUGUAAAAUCUUGCACCUUUUUGUGCUUUGGUAAACAACGCUGCCGCAGGUAGAGCUCGCUCCAGGUAUUUGGGUUUGAAGCGCUAACCGGGGCUUGACGUGUCGCUCACGGCAGUCCAUGAGCAGACCCUUGGCGAGUGGAAAAGGAGGUUUGCGGGGUUUCAGUUCACACUACCAGAGAAUGUCCCAUUCAAAUUCCGUACUUGGGUUUAGUGAAAGCUGAGCUAGGCUGCUAGGAAGCUGCGCGGAAAGUCUGUGAUAGCAGAAGAAAUCCUCUGAGACAAAAGCUGAACAGUUUUUUGAAGAAAUUACUUUCUGCUGCUGCCAAGUGCUCCUUAUACAGGAGUUGAGAUAAAAGCAAUGGAAAUGCGGUGAAACAGAGAGACUACGUCUGCCAGAACAUAUAUAGAAGGGAAAAACCAGCCAUUCAGUCAGGAUGCUUUCAAUGGUAGCUUGUGACACAGUGAAAUGAAUUGGGUUCCUUUCUUGCUUUCUUUAGUUUUCCAUGUACAUAGCCAUGAUAUUUUGAAGUGUCCGAAACAUGUAGUUUUUCUUUAAACCUAUAUAUAGCAUGUAAGUACCAAAUAAAACUUGUUUGAAAUA